AUCCUCUUUUUGGUUCAAACCUUAUUUUAUUAUAAAAUGACUUCAAUAUUUCAUUCCCGCCUUUCAAAAGAUUUUUCUUCAUUAUUAAAUGAUGCAGAUGAUUUUGACGUUAUUAUUCAAGUUGGCGAAAAUGAUAAUAUAAAUGAAUUUAGAGCGCAUUCGGUAAUUUUACGUGCUCGAUCUGCAUAUUUUAAAAGUGCACUUUCGACUGAGUGGGUAACAAAAAAAGAUGGUAUGCUCCAUUAUAAUAAACCAAAUAUUACUCCAAUAGUUUUUGAUAUAAUUUUAAAAUAUAUUUACACAGGUGAACUUGACUUGGAAAAUCAUCUAGACAAGGACAUAUUUGAACUUCUAAUUACUUCUGAUGAAUUACUCCUUGAAGAACUAUUUGAACCUGUUCAAGAAUAUUUAAUUAAAAAUCAUACAACUUGGAUUCAGGAAAAUUUUGAUCACAUUUUUCAUACUGUUUUUGAACUUUUAGUCUGCGAAAUAUUACAAGAUUUUUGCCUUAAUAUUAUUUGUGCAAAACCACAACUAUUAUUUAAUUCAAAAAACUUCCUAUCGUUAGAUGAAGAUAUUCUUCAUUAUUUACUUGAACGUAAUGAUUUACAGAUUAAUGAAAUUGAUGUUUGGGAUUGUUUAAUUAAAUGGGGAAUUGAACAAACUCCUAGUUUGGGAAGUAUGAAUAAUGAUAGAACAAAAUGGAAUAAUGAGGAUUAUAAUGCAUUAAAGAAAACUUUGGAACAAUUUAUUCCUCUUAUUCGAUUUGUGGAUUUUUCAUCUACUGAAUAUUUUAAUAAAAUUCAACCAUAUAAAGCUAUUAUUCCUAACGAUAUUUAUGAAGAAAUUGAAGAAUUUUAUAUUAAAGGUACCUUACCAAAAACAAUCACUUUACCUCCACGAGAUCGCAUUGAAUCGAAUAUUAUUAAACCACACCUUAUUUCUAUAAUUAUUAAUUGGAUCGAUAAAAAAGAUGAAGAUUUUAUCCGUGAUAAUAAUGAUUCAUUAUAUAAGUUUGAACUUAUUUAUCAAGGUAGCCGAGAUGGAAUCAGUAAUGAGUCAUUUAAAAAUAAGUGUAACUUACAAGAACCAAUUUUAGUUUUAAUCAAAUGUCAAGAUUCACAAAAAAUAAUUGGUGGUUAUACUCCAGUUGGAUUUUAUCAUUUUGUGGAAGACGUAGAGGACAUCGAUGAUAUUGAUUAUUAUGAUCGUUUUAUUUUUUCAACUGAUAGUUUUAUAUUUCAUUUUGAAGAAGAUGAAGAUAUGAAAUUAAGUCGGGUAAGUGAAAAUUUUUUUAAAUAUGCUGUUUAUAAUAAUUUUUAUGACGAAACAAAUUAUUAUGGGUUUAAUUUCGGAGCUGAUUUAAUUAUGUGUGGUAAUGAAUUACUUCUUGCUGAUGGUGAUUUUUGUGUAUAUAACAUAAGUUCUGGUAUUUUUAUAAUCGAAGAUAUUGAAGCUUUUAAAGUAGUAAAACGAUGAAACAAAGAUUUUUGUUAAUAACAAUAUUUUAACGAAAUAAACAAAUUAA